GGGGUUUCAGCGGUUCUAGCUGCCACAACCGACUGAUCCAUGUCUUUUCUGCGUUGGGUCUCAGAGAAAUUGAGUGUGGAGAACCUGAGGGAUUUUGAGUUUUUUGGAGGCCCAUGAAGACAGCCACGAGAGCCUGACCUCAGUCCCACGGCGGGACACCAUGGGAAGCUUCCUCCCCGACAGCAGCGCCUAUGAGCUCCUGACCAUCAUCGGUCGAGGCCUGGAGGACUUGAUGACCGUCAACCUUGCCAGAUACAGACCCACAGGGGAACACGUAGCAAUCCGUCGGAUUGACCUGGAGUCCUGCACCAAUGAAAUGGUCAACUACCUGCAGGCUGAGCUCCAUGUAUCUAAGCUGUUCCACCACUCCAGCAUCCUGCCCUACAGGAGCAUCUUCAUAGCAGAGAACGAGCUGUGGGUCAUCUCUCCCUUCAUGGCCUAUGGGUCAGCCAGAGACCUGAUCAGCAGCCACUUCACUGAUGGGAUGAAUGAGCUGGCCAUCGCCUACAUCCUACUGGGCAUGCUCAAAGCCCUGGACUACAUCCACCACAUGGGCUAUGUACACCGGAGCGUGAAGGCCAGCCACGUGUUGAUCUCGGUAGACGGUCAGGUGUGUAUGUCUGGUCUGAGGAGCAUCAUCAGUCUGAUCCGUCACGGCCAGCGGGCCAGAGUGGUCCAUGACUUCCCCCAGUACAGCAUCAAGGUGCUUCCCUGGCUCAGCCCAGAGGUGCUGCAGCAGAAUCUGCAGGGAUACGACUUCCGGUCAGACAUCUACAGUCUUGGCAUCACAGCCUGUGAGCUAGCCAAUGGACAUGUGCCCUUCAAAGACAUGCCAGCCACACAGAUGUUGCUGGAGAAGCUGAACGGAACAGUCCCCUGUCUGUUGGACACCACCACCAUCCCCCCAGAGGAGCUGACCAUGAAGCCCUCCCGCUCUGGAGCUGACUCUGGGAUCUGUGAGGGCCCCAGCACCGGAGGGGCCCACCACUCUAACGGAGAGCCCUCCUCCUCUGGGAGCCACCCCUACAGUCGUACCUUCUCUCCCCACUUCCAUGCUUUUGUGGAGCUGUGUCUCCAGAGGGACCCAGAGAAGAGACCCUCAGCCAGUGCUCUCAUUGGUCAUUCCUUCUUCAAACAGAUCAAGCGUCGGCCAUCGGAGGCUCUGCCUGAGCUAUUCCGGCCCAUAACGGGCUUUGAGAGUACCCAGCCUCAGGACGCUGCCUCUGGACUGGCCAGCCUGGAGUCUGGCCUCAGCCACAUGGAUGUGGAUGACUGGGACUUCUGACCACAGAGGAACAGGAAAGAGGUGUGUGUUGUAACCAAGAGAACAGGAGAUGCUCUGAGAAGACUUCAGACUGGAUUUAUGCUUUGUUCUUAUUAAAUGGCCCAUGUAAAUAAUUCAAA